CAUGCUCAAGGGGAAAUAGGGGGCAGCUCGUGGAGCGCGCGGUCAUGGAGGUGCCCCGACUGCUGGCAUGUUUAGUUUUGGCGCUCGUCCUUGAGACCGGGGCCGUGGACCGCUCGAAGUUCCGGACCUGCGAGCAGGGCUCCUUCUGCCGGAGGUACAAGAAGUGGAUUGCCAGACCUGAGCGGGAGAAAGCUCUGUGGGAGGUGCUCCCACAGACGAGGACUCCGCUUGCGGAUGGCGGGGUUAGCUUCCAGGUGAAACACACCAACGAGGCAAUUGCCCACUUGCUCCUGAAGCUGAACAUUUACGCUUCAGGCAUGGUGCGCAUCCGCCUCAACGAGAUCGAGCCGCUGCACACGCGCCACGAGAUCCCGGCCGGGGAUGUGGUGACAGAACCCCCGCCCAAGGCGGCGCAGGUGUCAACGGCCGAGGAGACUGGUAAGACUGUCUUCAAAUUUGCGGCACCAGACGGGACGGAGGUGCAGGCCUCUCUGCAUCAUGCGCCCCUGGGUUUAGAGGUGGCGGUGGGAGGGCAGGUCCUGCAGAGGCUCAAUGCACGCAACUUGCUCAACUUUGAGCGCUACCGAAAGCCCAAGGAGAGAUUGCCGCCGGAUUCCGCUGCCGUGGCUUCACCAGAUGCGGUGCUGCUCGAUGCGGCGGCUCAUCCUCAUGAGCUCGAUACAAAUGGCCUUUGGGAGGAGCCCUUCGGAGGCCACACGGACCAGAAGCCCCGAGGCCCAGCCUCGUUGGGAAUGGACGUCAGCUUUCUGGGCGAUGUGCCAUCGCUCUUUGGCUUGCCAGAGCAUGCGACCAAAGCCAGCCUGCCCUUCUACCAGGAGCCAUACCGCUUCUUCAACCUAGACGUCUUCGAGUACGAGAUCGAUGAGCCCAUGGCUCUGUACGGUGCCAUUCCCAUCAUUUGGGCGAUCCAUCGCUUGGGCGGCAAGACCAUGGCCUCCGGCUUCCUGUGGAUCAACCCCUCGGAGACUUUUGUGAAGCUGGAGAGGGAUGGCUCUGGCAGUGGGCCUGCCCAUGCCUGGUGGACCAGCGAGAGCGGAGUCCUUGACACCGUCGUCAUGGUGGGCCCCACGCCAAAGCAGGUGUCAGCGCAGUUCCACGACCUCACCGGGCACGGCCCCAUGCCUGGCCUUUGGGCGCUGGGGAAGCACCAGUGCCGGUGGAACUACAUGACCGAGAAGGAUGUUGCCACCGUUGACAGCAUGUACGACAAGUACGACAUUCCGUAUGAUACAAUUUGGCUCGACAUCGAGCACACCGAUGGCAAGGCAUAUUUCUCGUGGAACUCGGCUGCGUUUCCCAACCCCAAGCAGAUGGUCGACAACAUCUCGGCGAAGCGGCGGAAGUUUGUGAACGUGGUGGACCCGCACAUCAAGAAGGAAGAGAAGUUCCACGUGUACCGUGAGGUGCGCGACAAGGGCUUGUUUACCAAGAAAGUGACCUACAAGCAGAUUGACGAUCCGUCAGAUGCCAAGCCUGCCGAUUGGGUGGAGGAGUCCAAGAUCUCAGACCCUUCAGCAACCCAACCUCCGGAGUGGAAUGCAGAGGAGGAUGGGCCCUGGGUGGCACCGCAGAUCGACAAUCCUGCGUACAAGGGGGUGUGGCAUCCUCGAAAGAUCAAUGAUCCAACCCCGGAUCUCACCGACUUUGAAGGGUGGUGCUGGCCUGGAACCUCCCUGUAUCCCGAUUUUACCAACCCGGAGAUGCGGGAGUACUGGGGCUCUCAGUUUGCCCUGGACAAGUACGCCGGCACCAAUGCCGACACCUACAUUUGGAACGACAUGAACGAGCCAUCGGUCUUCAACGGCCCUGAGGUCACCAUGCCAAGAGAUGCUGUACAUCCUUAUGGGAUGGUGGAGCACCGCGAUGUGCACAACAUGUAUGGCUACUACGUGCAUCGGGCCACCUUUGAGGGUCUUGCGAAGCGUACGCAAGGAGACAGGCCAUUCGUGCUGACACGGUCCUUCUUCAUUGGCUCACACAAGUACAGCGCCAUUUGGACAGGGGACAACUACGCCCAGUGGUCCCACCUGAAGGCAUCCAUUGCCAUGGUGGGAGCCCUGACGCUGGGGGGCCAGUCCCUGGUGGGAGCUGAUGUGGGUGGCUUCUUCAAGCACCCGGACCAAGAGAUGACCGUGAGAUGGUAUCAGCUCGCAGUGCUCAUCUACCCGUUCCUGCGCAAUCAUGCUCACUUGGAGACACCUCGGCGGGAGCCCUAUGUCUUCGAUGAGCCCACGAUGCUCCGGAUCAAGGCCUCCCUGCAGCUCAGGUACAAGAUGCUGCCACUGUGGUACACUCUGUUCCACCAGUGGAACACAGCUGCAGAGCCUGUGGUCCGCCCGCUGUUUUGGGACUUCUUGGAUGAUCCUCAGACUCACGAGAACGAGCAGGCGCUGGAGGAUCAGAUCAUGCUGGGGGAGGUGCUGCUGGUGCACGGCAUCACGAAGCCCUCCUCGGAGCAGACGGAGGCGACGGUCUACUUGCCAAAAGCAGCUGGUUGGUAUAGCAUCCAGGACGGGGCUUUCAAGAGCCCGGGGGCUCAUGUCCACAAGCUGGACCUGGAUAGCAUCCCCGCCUACUACAAGGCUGGCACUGUGGUGCCUCUCAAGUCCAGGAUACGAAGAAGCUCCGCCUGCAUGAGCCUGGAUCCCUUCACCCUGAAUGUGUACCUGGAUCCGCAGACGGGCCAUGCCAAAGGUCGCUUGUACAUCGAUGACUACCGCACUCGGGCCUACGAGGACGGUAAGAGCUUUCUGGAUAUCGAGCUGGAGUUCAAGGACGGCAUCCUGAAAGCAUCCUCGCGGGGACAGCUGCCAGAGGCUGCGGUCGGAGCCGAGAUCGAGCGGGUGGAAAUCUUCGGCCUGAAGUCGGCCCCGCAGUCCGCAGAGGCGACGGUGGCCGGCAAGGCCGUGGCAUUGCCGGUGCCCAAAUCGCGAGCCCUGGAUGGAAGUGCGCUGCACGCUGCAGUGGUGAAGGUCAAGCCAUUUGUAGACAUGCGGAGUGAGUGGCAAAUUUCUGUCAAAUAGACUAGAGGCCUAGCCAGCAGUUUAGUCAAAGGCUAGGGCGAAGGGUUGCUGGCCCUUUCGAGCGCACACGGGCGAGAGACGCCGUCGCUCGUGUUACUCUCGAUAUCUCAGAGACAUCGCAAGACGGAGCCAUGGAGUGAGCCUUGGCUCCGGAUCGUGGCUCUGCAGGCCCCAGCGCAGAGAG